AUGUUAAUUAAAGGUUUGGGUUUUUCAAUUUUAUCAUUGGCAUACCUUUUUGCAACCAUCGAUGCACAUGGAGAUGAGGCUUAUGAAGAUACAUCUGAUUUAAAAUAUUUUUAUGCUUGUAAUGCUCAAGUUAGUGCCGAAGGUAAAUAUUGUUCACCAAAAGAGAGAAACUGUUUAUGUUUUAAUGAUAACGCAAAAGCAAGUAUAGCAGGUUGUCUUCAUGAAAUUGGGAAAACAGAACAUAAAUACACUUAUGGUUUAAUAAGACAAUGUCAUCAAUAUCCAAAUGCUACUGUUGAUAAAGACUGGUAUUCAAAAUAUAUUCAAAUAUAUAAUGAAAAAGCUAAAUAUCCUCCAGCCAAAAGUUCUUCAGGAGGUAUGGGAGGUGGAGGUAAUGGUCAUGGUUCGACUAAUCAAACUUCAAGCCAAAGCCAACAAUCAUCUACUUCUAGUGGUCAAAGUAAUGGAGGUGGUCAUGGAGGUGGUCAUGGAGGUGGUAAAGGUGGUGAAGGUGGACCUCCAAGAGUUGUUCUUGACUAUCCAAUUAUAUUAAACAAGACAAAUCUUACAUUAUAUCAAGAAUCAUAUGCAAGAUUCUACAAUAAUUAUAAUUAUUCACUUUAUUAUGGAGCUGGAAUGUAUGGUUAUUGGUUACUUAUCUUUUUGCUUGGUGCUGUUGCUAAUUGGUCAAAAUUUCUUUGCCCAAGUUUAACUAAAAAAAUGACAAAUCCAAUUGUCAAUUGGUGGAGAAAGAAUAUAUCAAUGCCUGCAACUUUUAGAAAGAAGAAAUCUCAAGAACAAAAUUUUUUAAAAUUUUUUGGAUUUUUAAUACCUUCAAGAUUUGAAUCACUUGUUAUAUUUUUGUUUUAUGUUCUUACAUUAGUUGUUCAUGCUGUCAAUUCAACCGCUAUAAAAGAUGAAAUUUUAAUGGGUUCAAAAUAUAAGGCUGAAAUGAGAUAUGUUGCUGAUAGGACUGGUAUUACAGCUACAAUGAUAAUGCCUUUGAUAUUUUUAUUUGCUGGUAGAAAUAAUUUCUUACAAUGGCUUGUUGGUUGGAAUUAUAGUACAUUUAUGGCAUAUCAUAGACACACUGCUAGAAUUAUGUUCAUUUUGGUUGUCAUUCAUGCUGUUAAUUAUACUGUUUUAUUUGUUCAGAAUGGUCGUUAUUCAAUGUCUUUAUCUAGACCAUAUUUUUACUGGGGUAUAGUGGCAACUGUUUGUGGUGGUGCAAUUAUGAUUCAAGGUAUGUUAUAUUUAAGAAGAAGAUGGUACGAAUUAUUUUUAUUGUUUCAUAUUCUUAUGGCAGUGUUUUGGGUCAUUGGAUCUUGGUAUCAUGUUAUAGAUUUUGGUUUCAUUUGGAUGGUCUAUCCUGCAGUAGCUGUUUGGUGUUUUGAUAGAGCUGUUAGAAUUGGUAGAUUAUUUACAUUUGGUUUCCCACAUGCUGAUGUUACUUUAUUAUCUGAUGAGACAUUAAAAGUUGUUGUACCUAAACCUAGUUAUUGGAAAUCGAUCCCUGGUGGACAUGCAUUUAUUCAUUUUUUAAAACCAACUUAUUUUUAUCAAUCACAUCCAUUUACUUUCACAGAUUCAGUUGAUCAAGGUAAUUCAAUCAUUUUAUAUGCCAAAGUUAAAGGUGGUAUUACUCAUAGUUUAUAUCAAACACUUGCAAAACAACCUGGUAGAUCAUGUAAAAUUAGAGUUAGUGUUGAAGGACCAUAUGGAGAAUCAACUGCUGCUAAAUAUGCUGAUACUGCUGUAUUUAUUGCUGGUGGUAAUGGUAUUCCAGGUAUAUUUUCAGAAGCUAUUGAUGUUGCUGUCAACAGUAAAGAUGGUUCAAACAGAGUUAAACUCACAUGGAUUGUUAGAGAAUGGAGAUCAUUAUAUUGGUUUUAUGAAGAGUUAUUGAGUUUGAAAAAUACAAAGAUUGAAACAACCAUUUAUGUUACUCAACCAAAUAGUCAUAUAUUCAUUGAUGAAUUCAAUAAUAGAUUUUCCGGUUUGGAAAGGUUAUCACUUGAUAAACCAGAAGACUCUGAUGGUUUAUCAUUAGAAAAAGAUGAUUCAGUAAAGGAAAGAGUCAACAUUGAAGUAGAAAAUAGUUCAUGUGAUGAAAAAUCAGCAUCAUUCAAUGAAAAAUCGGAUGGUAAUAGUAUUAUAGCGACAAUCAAAGAUGAAUUAUCUCAUAUUGAAUUUAAAGAAGGUAGACCAGACAUUGAAAAUAUAAUUGACAAUGAUGUUCAAGAAUCUAAUGGAUCUGUUGCUUUCGUUACUUGUGGUCACCCAAUGAUGGUUGAUGAUAUUCGUUACUGUUGUACUCAAAAUAUUUCAAAUCCUGGAAAGAAGAGAGUAGAUUUCUACGAACAAAUUCAAGUCUGGGCUUAA